AACAAUUUUACAUGUGCUUGAAUGAGGUUAAGUAAUAUUUAAGUUGAUUUUAUACAAACAAUAAAGUUAUUAAAAAUGAAGAUGUUGAAAGCUGAUCAAAAACUACAUGAUUCCAAAGUCAAAGAACGGAAGAAGAAUAUUAUUUCAGGUAGCAAAGUUAAGAAGUCAAAGAAAGUUCAAUCUCAAAAUGCAAAACAGCAGGAGAAUAAUAUUCUCAAUUCUAUCAACAAUACAUGUAAUAGAGGUGCUAGUGGAUAUUUUGUAAGAUAUGAAGGAACAAGCAAUAAUGACAAUUUAAAGGAAGAAGUAAAGCCACUGAAAAGUAAUGAGAAAACAAAAAAUAGCAAUAAUGUAAAGGCUGUUCAAAAACCUCUGAAAAGUGAUACUAUUAAAAGUAACCAAACUAAUGAGAAAACAAAGAAGAAAGUUUUAAAGAAACCUGCUGUUAAUGUUAAAAUGACCAAUGAAAGACAAUUCACUGGCAAUUUUUUUAAAGCAUGUGAGUUAAACUCUAAGAUGAUUAAAAAUGGAUUACUUGUACUUGGAUGUGUGAUUGAAAUUACAGAAACUUAUUGUACAAUUAGCAUACUUGAUGCAUUCAAGGCUAAGCUUGCUUAUGAAAAUGGACAAGUUUUUAAAGUAGGAGAGUAUAUUCCAGUACGAGUAAUAAAAAAUAUGAAUGGAAUUGAAGUGACAACUAAUCCCAAAGAAAUCAAUGAAUUUGUUAACUUAACAGAUGGAGCAAUAGUUUGGGGGAAGAUAUCUAAAAAGACAGAUAAGGCUUAUAUUGUAGAUAUUGGAUUAUCCAAAAAAGCCAAAUUGCCACUUUCAAAAGUUAAUGAUAACAAUUUAGACAUAGGCCAAUCAAUGUAUGUCAAGUGUGAAAAGAUUAUUGAUUCUAAAGUAGAAUUAACUAUUUGCAAAGAAUCAUCUAAUUGUUCAAUGAAGAAAGCAGAUUAUUUAAUUCCUGGAACUGUCUUAAAUUUUACUGCUGAGAAGGCCUUUGGUAUCUGGUUAAGAGGAAGCGUUUUUGAAAAUAGUAUAGCGUACAUUCAUAAAAAAUAUCUGACAACAUUCCUUAAUAAAUAUACUAUUGGGGAAGAGUUUUUGGCAACCGUGCUGUUUGUUGAUCCACUAAGUAAAGUUAUUUAUUUGUCGAAGAAAUCUACAGAAUUAAAAACGCCAAAAGAAUUUGAACAGAAGCAGUAUAGAGCGAAAGUAUUGAAAAAGGUCGAAGGUGGAGUUUCGGUUGCUUUUCAUGGCGUCUCUGGCUUAAUAAAAGAUUUUGUACCCAAUUUGUAUAGUUUGAUAGGGAAACUAGUUAAUAUUGAAGUGAUAGAAUAUCUUUAUUUCGAAAAUGUAUUUUCUUGUAAAAUGGUGGAACAAAAAGAGAAGGUUGUAAAGAGGAAAAUUGAAAAUGAUGAAUCCGCAGAAGAAACUAAAAAACAUAAAAUCGAAGAGGUAGACAUGGAUCAUGGAAGUGAUUCAGAUUCCGAGAGCGACGUCGAUGACGAGGAAGAUAAAAUUGAUUUGAAUUCAUCGAGCAGUGAAAGCGAAGAUGAUGAAAAAACUGGCCCAAUUUUACCCGGUAUUGGUACAAUGCUUCAAUCCAAAACCAUUAAACAAGAUCUUGUUGAUCAAUUAAGUUCUGAUGACGAAGAAAAGGAGGAAACCGAUGGAAAAAAGAAAAGGAUGACGAAGGGACAAAAAUUCAAAGCGGCGCGUGAAGAAGAAUCUCGCUUAAGGGAGAUUGAAAUGGAUUUGGCAGAUUCUAGCAAGUUGCCUCAAAGUGCGGAACAAUUUGAUCGUGUACUUUUAGGAUGUCCUGAUAAUUCGGAAAUGUGGAUUAGAUAUAUAGCAUUCCACAUGCAGUCAACCGAGUUCGAAAAAGCACGAGCUGUCGCUAAGAGAGCUAUUGAAAAGAUUUCCUAUACGGAAAACCAAGAGAAAUUAAACAUUUGGAUAGCAUACAUGAACUUAGAAAACAUGUAUGGAACAAAAGAAUCGUUCCAAAAAGUAUUCAACGAAGCCUUGAAAUUCAAUGACGAUCUUGUUAUUUAUAUAGAAGCUAUUAAAAUGCUUGCUGAUAUGCAAAAAUAUGAUGAGAUGGAGGAGAAUAUACGAAAAGCAAAAGGAAAAUUCAAACAAGAUGUUAAAAUGUGGUUGGAAAUUGGCAAAGUUUAUUACCAAUGCAAACGAUUCUCAGAUGCGAGGUCUUUGAAAAAUGCUGCUUUACUUACUUUAUUGAAUAAGAAAACACAUUUGAACUUAAUUGUUCAGUUUGCAUUGAUGGAAUUUAACUUGGGCGAACAAGAGCAAGGUCAGGCUCUUUUUGAAACCAUACUUCAAGCUGAUCCAAAGCGAGUGGAUGUGUGGAAUACCUACGUAGAUCAGUUGGUUAAAAUUAACCAAAUUGAAUUAGCCAGGGCCGUUUUGAAACGGGCAGUCGGCCAAAAGUUACGGUACAAAUGUAUGAAGUCACUUUUCAGGAAGUUCCACAACUUUGAGAAGUCUCAUGGCACUGAAGAAAAUGUAGAAGAUGUUAAAAAAUUGUUAGAAGAGUAUACUGAAAAAUAA